UCAGCCUCUGCUUCUUGAUCAUUACGCACGCACGCACACACACACACGCGCGCACACAAACAAACGUAUACACUGGUGUUUGGUGGUGGUGGUGGUGGUGGUGGUGUUGCGCAUCAACCGGACAACAAAGGGACGCGCGGUGGGGGGGCUCACUGCAGCCAGGACCAGGUUACCAGCAUCCAGUGUCGGCUUCAAGCUCACUGAACUCCUUUUUUUGUUUCUCAUCUACUGGGAAAUCAACCAUCAGUCAGGCUGGAGGUGACCGUCACUGAGGCGUUACGUGCUGUCGUAGACAGUACAGCCGUACUCGUGAGCCUCGGCAGCGAAAUGGAGAUGGAGCAUUUCGACGACAGGGACAAAGGUCAGAGGCACAGCCGGUCCAGUGCGAGGAUGAACGGGGUGCCGAGCCCCACGCACAGCGCCCACUGCAGUCUGUACCGGACCCGGACCCUGAAGACUCUGAGCGCGGAGAAGAGAGCCAAGAAGGUGCGAUUCUACCGCAACGGCGACCGGUACUUCAACGGGAUCGUAUACGCCAUCUCCGCGGACCGGUUCCGGACCUUUGACGCUCUGCUGGCGGACCUGACCCGCUCCCUGUCCGACAACGUCAACCUGCCGCAGGGCGUCCGGACUAUCUACACCCUAGAUGGCACCAAGAAGAUCACGAAUAUUGAUCAGCUGGUAGAAGGUGACAGCUAUGUGUGCAGCUCCAUCGAAGCUUACAAGAAGUUGGACUACACAAAGAACGUCAACCCCAACUGGUCGGUCAAUGUCAAGGCCUCGGCGGCAGCGGGCCGCGGGCCCCCUUCUCUGGGCAGCGCCAAGGCCGGUCCCCUGGAGAGCCGCGAGAACAAGGACUUCAUCCGUCCGAAGCUCGUGACGGUGGUGCGGAGCGGGGUGAAGCCCCGCAAAGCCGUGAGGAUCCUCCUGAACAAGAAAACGGCCCAUUCCUAUGAACAAGUCCUGACCGACAUCACUGACGCCAUCAAGCUCGACUCUGGAGUGGUGAAGAAGAUCUACACGCUGGAGGGCAAACUGGUGUUGUGUCUGCAAGACUUCUUCGGCGAUGAGGACAUUUUCGUGGCCUGUGGACCCGAGAAGUUCCGCUACCAGGACGACUUGAUGCUGGAUGAAAGUGAGUGUCGUAUGAUGAAGUCUGUAAACUAUGGGAAGAUGUCUGGCUCACUGAUUCGAGGCUCCCCCAAGACUGUCAUCCAAUCACUGCGCAGCAAGUCCCCUGCAUCCGUGAACGGGACGCCGGCCAGUCAGCUGUCCACUCCUCAUUCGGGAAAAUCUCCCAGCCCCUCCCCGACCAGCCCGGGCAGCCUCAGCCGACGCCGGGGGUCCCAGGGUUCUUCCACCUCUCUGUCUUCCGCUAAAGUCUCCAGCCCCGUGGAGGACGGGGACGAACUCGUCACCGAAGCUGAGGUUCUAGUCGAUGAGGUUCCAGCUGUGCCGUCCUACAUAUCCGACCGCUACAGGGUGGGGCGGAUGCUGGGCGACGGGAACUUCGCAGUCGUGCGAGAGUGCGUGGAGCACUCCACGGGGCGGGAGUACGCCCUCAAGAUCAUCAACAAGGGCAAAUGCAGAGGCAAGGAGCACAUGAUCCAGAACGAGGUGGCCAUCCUCCGCAGGGUCAAGCAUCCAAAUAUCGUCUUGCUCAUCGAAGAAGUGGACACCUACAAUGAGCUUUACCUGGUCAUGGAGCUGGUCAAGGGGGGAGAUCUGUUCGAUGCCAUCACCUCUGCCAACAGAUACACGGAGAGAGACGCCAGCGGCAUGCUCUACAAUCUGGCCAACGCCAUCAAAUACCUCCACAGCCUCAACAUUGUGCACAGAGACAUCAAACCAGAAAACCUGCUGGUGUAUGAACAUGCAGAUGGCAGUAAAAGCCUGAAGCUGGGAGACUUCGGCUUGGCCACUGUGGUGGACGGACCUCUCUACACUGUCUGCGGGACUCCGACAUAUGUAGCACCUGAAAUCAUCGCAGAAACAGGGUAUGGCCUUAAGGUGGACAUCUGGGCAGCUGGAGUCAUCACCUACAUCUUACUGUGUGGUUUCCCUCCUUUUCGAGGGAGCAGCGACGAUCAAGAGGUUCUUUUUGAUCAAAUACUUAUGGGACAGCUAGAAUUUCCUCUACCGUACUGGGACAACGUGUCAGAGACAGCCAAGGAGCUUAUCCGAUCCAUGCUGGAGGUGGAGGUGGAUCAGAGAUACUCUGCCCUCCAGGUGCUGGAGCACCCAUGGGUCACAGAUGAGGGCCUGUGUGAGAACGACCACCAGCUGUCAGUAGCGGGGAAGAUAAAGAAGCACUUCAACACCAGCCCCAGGGUCAACGACACCACUGCAGGAGUCUCAGUCAUUUCUGCCACCUCUCUUGAUAAGGAGGGGCAGGUUCUCAGACGAGGACGCCACCCGGAUGUGAAGCGGCUGCCUCCGCGCUCGAUGCCAAAUGUGAAUUCAGCAACCACAACCUAUACCCCGCGGGCGGAGCCUCCCAGUUGCCUCCCUGGCCUGCCCGUGGCCCCUUCCUCUCUGACCCCUGACACUUGCUCUGACCCCUCCCCGGACCCCAGGCACCCAUCCGACUCUGAUGACGUCUCCAUCAGCUCGGCCAGCACCGCCUGCUCCCCCAGCUCGCCCUUCUAGGGCGAGAGGCGGAGGGGUAGGGGGGAGAGAGAGAGAGAGAGAGAGGGAUGUUGAGGGUGAGUGGGAGGACACGGUGUGCAGAGAGAUGAAAGCGGGGAAUGAGGAUCCUCGUCCAGCUCCUCCCUCUGUACGGAGGAGGAGGAGGAGGCGGAGGAGGAGACGCCCGCGUGCUCUCUCACCUGAUGCUGGGGGUCAACUCUGAAAAAACAACAACAAAAAAAAAAACAAAAUGAAAACAAAAUAAUAAUCGGAGACCUUUCAACUCCCCUGAAUCCACCUCUCCAAACCUGGAGGAGAGAUCGAUCAAGGGGUGGAUACGAAGAAAAAAAAAAAGAUGAAAAAGAGGAACAGGGAUCGCGAGUGAGAGGUGAAGCCAGACGAAAGACUUUCCUUUUUUUUAUAUAAAAAAAAAACUUUCAUUUUCCUUUUAACAUUCUCUCAUCUGAGCACAUGUUACAGAGCUCCAGGAGCGAGAAAGGGCAGCGGUACGCCGUGCCCUUCAGUGAUGAUCCGGGCUCAACAUGGUGGAACAGCUCUACAAGGCAAUAUGAGAAUAUAGACCGAUGUUCAUGUUUUAUUGAACCUUAUUUAUUCAUCCUUUAUUCAUACAUUUUUUAUAUAUAUAUAUAUGGAUGUAUGUAUUUCCCUUUUUUUCAUAAAGGAUGAGGUUCUGUUGACUUAUCCUUAGAGCUUGGUGGAUUGGAAAGGAUGGAGCAGUGUGUAGAAGUAGAGAAAUGUUUCAGUAGACUUGAGCUGCAGUUUGUAGAGAAAAUAGUUUUUCUAGCAAAAAUGUGUUUAAAAAAAAAAUCAGUGACAGCACUGCUAUAAUUCUGUGCUCUACACAGUACUGGCGUUGCCUUCCCGUACCGUUGGAUCACAGUAUUACAGUUUACAUUUUACACAGGCUCCUACCGAGACAAUAAUGGUGCGUUUGAGUGCUCCUCGUAAUUUUGUUAUCAGCUCACGUCUCGAUACGCAAAAUUCAGCAGCAUCCAGGUGCUUCUGUAGCAAACUCUACACCUGAACCACGUUUUCCUCAUACAUUUGCAUUCCGCGUCGCCAUGCCUUCAGUUCAGAGGUGUGCACAUAGAAACCCUCCGUUUGCAUCUUUAUUGACACCACCAACAGCGCCAUUUCAUCCACGGUUUCCAGCAUCAAAGAAAGAGUUUCAUUUUCCCCACUUGUAUGGAUCGGAAGAGCUGUUUUACUGUAGGUGGUCGAUGCGUACAAGUUUAUGAGGGCUGCCUAUUUGCACAAAGGUACUGCAGUGUAGACGCAGUCAAGCCGGAGGGAAUAACGGUGGAGAUGUCGUAGAACCAGCAGCACUCUUGCAAAGGAUCGAGGAGGAUUUAUUUCAGCUCUGUACAACCUCAUUCAUGGCUUCAUUUAUUCAGAUGAAAGCAUGACAGACAUACAGUAGCCUAUUCUUAUAUUUAAAAAAAAAAAUACAGUUUAGUGAUGAAGUAUUGUUUAUAUGUUAUGUAAAUAACAAUUUUAUUUAUUUUGAUAGUUCACAAUACAGUAUAUUUCUUUACUAGUAGUACGUCUAUGAGAAUUGUUUAAAAAAAAAUAAAAAUCUGUCAUACAUGUGUAUCAGUCUGCAAAGAAAAAAAAAUAUCUAGAGGAGAUCAUCGGGUCGAAAUGAAACAAUAAGUUGAAGGGCAGUGUUUUGACUUGACGUCGUACCACGUGGAUGAAUGCAGAGGUAGAGAAACGGAGGAGACCGUCGUCGUUGCUUCUUGUCGGACGCUGGGGUCGAUGUCUUUUGUGAUCUCCAGUGACCGGUGUGAGAUGAGACACGAUCAAAAAAUAAAAUAAAAUAAGGAAGAAAAAAAAGAAGCCAGACGAGUGAGAGAAGUGCAGUUUUAUUGCAGAUGAUCUCCCUGCAGUCGUCCCACUUGUCUUAAGUUUCUGUAUUUAUUCUCAUCAUCGCACACGUAUACAGUAAUGUGCCGCCAUAUUGACUAGAUCAGUAUGAAAUCGUUGUGCUGUUGAAAUCCGCACUCUCCAGCACAUUUACCAAAGUGCUCUCACAGCUGCACCACCGUAUUACAGUCCGUUGCAAUACCGAUACCUGUACCUCUGUUCAACAAUGGUCUAUCAAUAACAAUAACGAUAAUAAAAAUGUCUUUCAAAAACAAA